UAUGAUCUUUUAAAAUAUUUUAAACAGAGCCUGGGUUCCAGUAGGACAUGUUUAUUUUCUCUCACGUGAUCCACCUCAAGCAAUUACAUCUCAAAAGAAAAAUUUUGAAAUUGCUAUACAAGAAGUUGAUCUACAUAUAAAAUUAUUAACACAAAGAUUUGGAGGUUAUGAAUAUGCACUUGAAAAAACACCUUUUAUUCCAACACAGCUUUACCUUCAUCUGAAUAUUACAUUAAAUAAAUUAUGCUGUAAUCCACAAUCAUCUAGAGAUAAAAGAAAAUACGAGAUGCCAUCAGUUUCAUCAAAACGUCGUUCCAGCAAAUCUCAGGAGCCACAAGGAAUUAAGAAAGAUGGGCAAAAGAAAGAAGAAUCUCCUGAGCAAGACAUUGCAGAACAAGAUGUUUUAGAAAAAGUGGGUGAAAGUGAAACUGUAUCUGUAGCUACUGUAGAUACUAAAUUGGAUGAGUCAAGUGAAGAUUUAGAAACAUCUACAGUUCAAAGUAUAUCUCUAGCUGAAGAUGAUGAUGAAGUAGAAAAGGCAAAUACUUUAACUGUAGAAGAAUCCAAUGUAACAGAUGCUGAAGUGGCUAAACAAACUUUAGUUGUUGAAGUCUCUGCUGAAAAUAAAACUUUCAUUAAUACAUUUAAAGAGCAUCCAAAUAAAGUAAAAUCCAGUGAAAUGGUAAAUUCUGAAGUUAAAAAACAACAAAAUACUAAGGAUAGUGAAUUUGAUAAGGUAGAAAACAGUGAAUUUUUGGAAUCAAAUGAAAAUAAUACAGGGUUAGAAAGUGAUUCCAAUUUUAUUUCCAAAUCUUCAGAUUUGGAAAAGUUUCAGAAGGAAUCAAAUUUUUUAAGUGGACCUAAUGAAUCAUUAGGAAGUGCAGACAAAUUGUUGGAAAAUUCUGGAAAAGAUAAAAGUUUUAGCACUGAUACAUUAAAGGAUGAUUUAAAUGAAAAUACAGAAAAUUUUAAUAAGUCAAAAGAGAAUAAUGUUAUGACUUCAGAAAUGAUUGCAGUUAGUGACAGUUCUUCAGAAAAACCAAAAUUAGUGAAGUCAAAUAGUAUAGAUCAGGAAAAUAAGAUAAUUCAAAAUGAAGAAAAUUCAUCUAACAAUUCAUUAAUAUGUGAAACAGAAAGCAAAGAACUUAAUAAAAACCUGCCUGAGAAUAAAGAAGCUGAUGAGAAAUUAAAACAAUUCAAUAAUGUGAAUAUACAUAAUGAAAAUGAUAAAAUUAAUAGGAAAGAUGAUGGAGAAAAUAUGAAUUUAUUAAGUAAACUAAAUGAGGUAGAACACCAGAAAAAAAAUGUGGUUGAAAAUAAUAUUGAAAAGGAAACCACAAAAAAUACAGAUCUUAUAGAAAAUAAUGAAAAAGUUAAUUUAGACAGUAAAGAUACUCAAAAAUCCCAGUCACCAAAUAGUUUACGAAUUCGAAUUGUAAAAGGAAAAGUUGAGUCUAAACCUGAUCUUCAGAAUCAUUCCAAUAAAACCAGUAAUGUUAAAUCAAGCAAGUUAUCAAAGAAAUGUGAAUUUACAAUUAGUCGAUCAAACUCUUUUCAAAACAAUUGCACUUCACAUAAAGAAAAACUAGUAGUUGGAAAUGCAGAUCAAGAACAAGUAUUUACUUCAAAAAGUAAAACUGAACCUAUUCCUAGUUUGGCUGUAAGGAAAUCUAAGCGUCCGAGAAAGAACUUUAUUAUUCAAUUUCCUUGGAAAAUAAUGUCAAAAUUAGCUAAUCCUGAUGAAGACAUAAAUAAAAGCAAAGAAAACUUGUCUGAUGAUCAAAAAGAUAAUACUUCUGAAAAUAAAUCUUCAGAUACUACUCAUUCAGUAAAUAACUUAAAGGAACAAAAUAAUUCAUUAAAUGAAAAUGAUUUAUUACCAGAUAAGAAAAAUGAUUCAUUGCCAGAUAAGAAAAACGAUUCUUUAAAUUUAGAAAAGAGUAAGGAACCAUCUAAACCUUGCAGUUCUGAAAGAAAAGACGAGGAAAAUAUAAAAGACUCAACAGAAGAAACCAUACCAGAUACUUCAUCUCAUAAAGAAUCAGAAAAACCUAAUAAUGCAGAUGAAAUAAAGAACUUGUCUUCAGAAGAUUUAUCCAAAAGUAAAGUUUCCGAAAAUAGUCAAGAUUCUGCAAAAAUUCAGAUUUCAAGUGAUUUGGUAUUAUCUAAAACUCAUUUGACUGAAAAAAGUAUAGAUUCAUUAAAAGUUAAAAUAUUAGAAGAUAAUAAUGAUGCAUUAAGGCCACAAGUAAUAUUAGAUAAUAUAGCUGUAACUAAACUUCCAUCAUCUCAAACUAAUGUAGACUUAUCUAAAAAGCAAACCAAUCAGAAUUUAUCAGAAUUAUCAAAACCUGAAAUGUUACAAGAAAAGUGCCUAAAAAAUACAGAUUCAACAACAAAUAUAAUACACCAGAAUAAGCAUUUAGAAUUGUCAGAUUUAUCAAAAGAUAAAGUUAUACAAAUUAAAUCUUUGGAUUCUUCAGAUUUAUUAAAAACUGUAAUAUCUCAGAAUAAAAGUGCAGAUUCUGUUGAUAUAGUAAAGAUACCAUUAUUGCAAGAUAAAAGUACAGUUCCUACUAACUCAUUAAAAACAGUAAUAGUAUUAGAUAAAUUUAUGGACAAACCUUUAGAUACAAAUUCAUUAAAAAAUAAAAUUUGCCAAGAAAAAAAAGCAGCAAAUUUUACAGGAAAGUCAAAAUUUGUUCAUCCAAGUACUAUUUUGGAAAAACUAGAUAAAGUAAAAAUUGCAAAAAGUCCUCUCCAACAAAACAAUUCUGUAAAAAAACAAGAUUCAUUUGAUGUACAGAAAACAAGUAUACAAACAACAAAGGGAAAUAGUUCUUCUGUUUUUUCUCAUAUUGCCAAAAUAUUAGGACAACCAACCAACAAAAACUUAAAUAACAGUUGUAUCACUACAUCUGUAAAAUCACCUGCUAUUUCUGUUUUAUCAAUACCCAAGUCUGCUGAAAAUACAUUUGAAGGUUCUGUUAAAAAAUCUAUUCACAGUUUUAAUAAAAACACAAAUAAUAUAAAUACCACACAGAUAAAUAACAUUUCAAAUCAAGAAAUUGAAAUUGACCACUGUAAUAAUGACUUAGAUAUGGAAUGUGUAAAUGAAGAAGAACAUGCUAUUAGAAAAGCAAUGGAUAAUUGUGUGAAAGAUAUUCCAUUGAAUAGGCAAGAGAUUAAAAUCAAUAACAGUCAAUUGUCUAUUCAAAAUUUACAGCCUUCUGUAAAAUACAAUACAACAUCAAAUACGAGAAAUGAAACUAAUUCAGUUGGUUCUACAAGUCAAGGAGAAUCUACUCAAAAUUUACGUCAGUCUACUUGCACCAAUGAAAAGAAUUUAUUUAAUAUUUUACCAGUAGAAAAAUAUGCUCGAAAGUUAACUGUAUUCUUGACAAAUACAUUAGAAGAAAUGUGCCAGGAUAUUAUUAAUUCUGGCUGUAUGCAAGUAGCUAUUCACUCACUUGAAAAAGAAAUAGAAAAUCUUCAAGAGAAGCAUAAAAAAGAAAUAUUAGAUAUCAAGCAGAAUGCAGAUUUAAUUGUUAAAGAAAUGAGAUCAACAAUUGAAACUGAAAAACAGAAUGCUAUUACUGAAGUAAGACGACAGUGUGAGAUUGAAAUGAGAAAAAGUAUUGAAGAAACGAAGAAGAAGCAAUGGUGUGCAAACUGUGGUAAAGAAGCUGUUUUCUAUUGCUGUUGGAAUACAAGUUAUUGUGAUUAUCCUUGUCAGCAAGCUCACUGGCCACAACAUAUGUCUACAUGUGGCCAAAAUCAUGUCACAACUGUAAAAGAACAAUUAGUAACUAAUAUGCCAAAUUUAGGCCCAGAAAUGACAAUAACACAAUCACCAGCAAUUCAUGGUAAUCUUCCUGUUAGAAUUCAAUUCUCAGGAUUGCACAAUCAAACACAAAUUACACAGCAAGCAAAUAAACAAAAGAAUAAAAAGAAGUGUCAAUUUCCUGUUGAUCAGAUGACAUCAAGAAGAAAAAAUGGAAACAUAAAUCUCUCACAAUCACCAACAGCCAGCAUACAACAAGCUGAUGUCAGAUUAUCUCCCCAUCCUUCUACACAAAUUCUUGGUGCUAAUUAUACUCUACAGGGUGGACAAGUUAUUCCAGUUUCAUUACAGCACAGCACUCCUCAUCCAAAACAGUGCGCACCCACUUCGACAAUAGAAAUGAAAUCACAUAGUGUACAUCCGAUGACAUUUCCUUUUAAUCCACAUGUGUGUAUGUAAAACAUGUAUUCAUUUUAAUUUUUCAGUUCAUAUGUUAUGUAAUUGUUCAUCUGUGUAUUUUUGUUAUAAUUUUUUGAUCAUGAAUAGUUAUUUUCAUGGUCAUAUGGUAAAUCUAACUAUUAAAAACUUGUAUACAUCUAGGGUUUCUGUGUCAGCCCCUGUGACAUUUGCACUUUGUAUUUUUUUGUUUUUUUCCUGAGGUGGAAUAAAAACAGUUUUAUUAAGAAA